AUGCAACGGAAAGCCACAAGCAAACCGAUGCGGGCAAUAAUGAAGAAAUUUAUUGAUUUUUACGGGGCCAUCACUGAUGUAAUGCUUCGAAAUCCAUACGUCAUCAACAAUCUUGAUCGUCAGUACGAUUUGCUCGAUCGACGCACGAACUAUUCAAAGUUCUCUCAGGCAAUGGCAUCGAGCAUCCACGUCAUGGAUAUGUGA